CCAUUGCAACGGAUGGUGGGGAUGUGAAAGCACUUUUUCGACGGAGUCAAGCACUAGAAAAACUGGGCCGCCUUGAUCAGGCCAUCCUUGACCUGCAGAGGUGUGUAAGCCUGGAACCCAAGAACAAAGUCUUCCAGGAGGCCCUACGAACUCUAGGGGGGCAUAUUCAAGAGAAGGUUCGGUACAUGUCCUCAACAGAUGCUAAAGUGGAUCAGAUGUUCCAGAUAUUACUGGAUCCAAAAGAGAAAGGCACUGAAAAAAAACAAAAGGCUUCUCAGAAUCUUGUUGUACUAGCACGAGAAGAUGCUGGGGCUGAGAGAAUCUUCCAGAGUAAUGGGGUCCAGCUCUUACAACGUCUCUUAGAAACAGGAGAGACAGACCUGAUGUUGGCAGCUCUUCGCACAUUGGUUGGAAUAUGCUCUGAACACCAGUCACGGACAGUAGCAACCUUAAGUGUGCUGGGCACUCGUCGAAUAGUAGCCAUGCUUGGGGUCAAGAACCAGUCAGUGUCCCUUGCUACCUGCCACCUACUACAGGUCAUUUUUGAUGCUCUCAAAGAAGGAGUAAAGAAGGGUUUCCGAGGGAAAGAAGGUGCUAUCAUUGUGGAUCCUUCUAGAGAACUGAAGUUAUUAAUCAGUAACCUUUUGGAGUUGCUCACUGAGGCAGGUGUUUCAGCCCAAGGUCGAGAUAAUGCCCUAACUCUUCUGAUUAAAGUGGUACCUCGAAAGUCACUUCGAGACCCCAACAAUAGCCUCACUCUUUGGGUCAUUGACCAAGGUUUAAAAAAGAUUUUAGAAGUUGGAGGUUCAGUUCAGGAACCUCCAGAGGACAUUGCUGUGACAGAGAAUAGCCGAAUGAGUGCCUCCGUUCUCCUUAAUAAGCUCUUUGAUGAUCUGAAGUGUGAUGCAGAGAGGGAAAAUUUCCACCGACUCUGUGAAAGUUACAUCAAGAGCUGGUUUGAGGGGCGAGGGCUAGCUGGAAAGUUACGGGCUAUUCAAACAGUCUCCUGCCUCCUGCAGGGCCCUUGCGAAGCUGGCAACAGGGCCCUGGAACUGAGUGGUGUCAUGGAGAGUGUGAUUGCCCUUUGUGCUUCAGAGAAUGAGGCAGAGCAGCUGGUAGCUGUGGAGGCAUUGAUCUACGCAGCUGGAAAAGCCAAGCGUGCCUCAUUUAUUACUGCCAAUGGUGUUUCCCUCCUUAAGGAUCUCUAUAAGCGCAGUGAAAAGGACAGCAUCCGCAUUCGGGCCCUGGUGGGGCUCUGUAAACUAGGAUCAGCUGGAGGGACUGAUUUUAGCAUGAAGCAGUUCGCAGAAGGCUCCACCCUCAAAUUGGCCAAGCAGUGUCGAAAGUGGUUGUGUAAUGAUGGAAUUGAUUCAAGCACCCGACGUUGGGCAGUAGAGGGUCUUGCCUACUUGACUUUCGAUGCAGAUGUAAAAGAAGAAUUUGUGGAAGAUGAGGCAGCUCUGAAGGCUAUGUUCCAGCUCAGUAAGUUGGAGGACAGGUCAGUACUCUUUGCUGUGGCCUCAACACUGGUGAACUGUACCAAUAGUUAUGAUCACGAGGAGCCUGACCCCCAGAUGCUGGAGCUGGCCAAGUAUGCCAAACAACAUGUACCUGAGCAGCACCCUAAGGAUAAACCAGGCUUUGUUCGAUCACGAGUGAAGAAGUUGCUUUCAGCUGGAGUGGUAUCAGCUCUCACAUGCAUGGUGAAGAAUGAGAACCCAGUGCUCACCAAUUCCUGCCGGGAACUACUCUCCAGAGUCUUCCUAGCAUUGGUAGAGGAAGCAGAAGACCGUGGGAGUGUUGUUGCUCAGGGAGGAGGCAAGGCUCUACUGCCACUUGCACUGGAAGGCACAGAUAUUGGGCAGACUAAAGCAGCACAGGCUCUUGCUAAGAUCACCAUCACUUCUAACCCUGAAAUGACUUUUCCUGGAGAACGGGUCUAUGAAGUUGUCCGCCCCCUUGUCUCCCUCCUGCAUCUCAACUGCUCAGGGCUUCAGAACUUUGAAGCACUAAUGGCAUUAACCAAUCUGGCAGGGAUCAGUGAGAGGCUGAGGCAGAAGAUCCUGAAGGAGAAGGCAGUGCCAAUGAUUGAGGGCUACAUGUUUGAGGACCAUGAAAUGAUCCGCCGGGCAGCCACUGAGUGCAUGUGUAACAUGGCCAUGAGCAAAGAGGUGCAAGAUUUGUUUCUGGCUGAAGGUAAUGACCGACUGAAGUUACUAGUGCUGUACAGUGGAGAAGAAGAUGAGCUACUCCGCCGGGCAGCAUCAGGUGGACUUGCCAUGCUGACCUCGUUACUGCCCCAGCUUUGUAUUCGAAUCACCCAAGUGACAACACAUUGGCUAGAGAUCCUACAAGCACUGCUUUUGAGUCCCAAUCCGGAGCUGCAGCACCGUGGAGCUGUGGUGGUACUGAACAUGGUAGAGGCCUCAAAGGAAAUUGCGGUGAAACUAAUGGAGAGUGAGGUGUUGGAGAUCCUCUCUGUGCUUGCCAAGGGUGAGGCUGGACCAGUCACGAGGGCAGCAGCGGCCUGUCUUGCAAAGGCAGUGGAAUAUGAGCUUAUCAAACCCAACAAGGAGAGGGAGUAAAGAAUUUGGGCUCACCUUCUUUGCUGGGGCUAGGGCCUUGGGCCUUAUGCUCUUUCAGGCCUCAAUUCUUAACUUUCUGCAUCAUGCUUAAUUUACACAGUGCCUGCUGCUACACACAAGGCACAAAUAUGUAGAAGUAGCUGUGCCUGGCUGGAAAGGCAGCUAUCUUUAAGAUGGCAAUUGGGAAAAGGGAGAAGGGGGGCCUACUUCCUCCCCUGUCACAAGGCAGCUUUUUGACUACUGCUACAUGUAAUAUUCCCAACCCAGGGGCCAAUCAUGUGUGGGCACCUGGGGAGGGAGGGCAAGUGGACCAUCACUAGUCCUGUGGACGCCCCCAAAAGGGACUACUACUCUGUGAGCAUCACUUGCUUCCAACACUAUAAUAAAAUGUGUGAAAUCCUC